AUGUUAUAUGCAUUAGCUACACCAGGUUCAGCUUUCAAACCAUCUAUCAAAAAAGCUAAAAACACUUGGAGAUUGCAAAAAUUCAAAAAAUUGUAUAUUCAAAAAGGUGGUUAUAUAUCAAGUAGUCCAACUGAUAGUUCAAUCAAUUCUAAUGACAGUAUAUCGAGUUCAUCUUCAGUGAUAACUGCUAGCUCAUCAGCCCCAAGAUUCAUUUAA